GGAGCGGGUGAGUACCCGGUUCCCUCGGUUCCCCCUCCGCUCCCUGCGGCUUUGCGGGCGCUUUGGCAGCGGGCGAAGGCGUCCGGGGGUUGAGGGGGCGUCGCGGCAGCCGGGGGUUGGCGGUAGCGGAGCCCGGAAAAACGCGUGGUGGGCGUGAAGCCGGGCGCAGGAGCUCUGGGGGAGGUAGGGGGCGGCCCGGCCCGGCGUUCCCCGCGUUCACGUGUGUUCGUCCGUCAGCGCCGUACCCCUUCAGCCUCCGGCCGCGUACCGGGCGUGGCAGACCUGAGCGGCAACUUUUUCUUGCGGGUUCUGCAUUCCAGGUAACCCGCUGGGAAAUAAAAUGCGUGAUAAAGCGUAUUGACGGUGUUUAUAGGAAAGGGGUCGGAACAGGGCAUGCGUGCUAAACAUGGAGGAAGAUGAAGAGGAAGAUUACAUGUCUGACUUAUUUCUUAAGCAGGAUGUAAGGCCGGGCUUGCCCAUGGUGAGGCGGAUGAAGGAAGCUAUUCAGAAAGAAGAAAAGCUAAAAGAAGCCAAUGAGAAGAACAGACAAAAGAGUGUAAAAGAAGAAGAAAAGGAGAGGCGUGACUUGGUAUUGAAAAGUGCUUUGGGCAAUGAGAACAAAGGCUUCGCUUUGCUCCAGAAGAUGGGCUACAAGAGCGGCCAGGCCCUUGGCAAAAGCGGAGAAGGCAUUGUUGAACCUAUUCCUCUGAACAUUAAAACAGGCAGAAGUGGGCUUGGUCACGAGGAAUUAAAAAAGCGAAAAGCUGAAGAAAGACUGGAAAACUAUAGACAAAAACUCCAUAUGAAAAAACAAGCAAAUGAACAAGCAGCAGAUCAGUUCAGAAUAAGAUUCAAAAACAAACAAGAAGAACGAAAGAUGGAAGGGGACCUUCGAAAAAGCCAGCGGGCUUGCCAGCAAUUAGACAUGCAAAAAGAUAUUGAUGUUCCCAAAGAGACUUGGUAUUGGCUAGAACCUGAUGAGGAAGACAAAAAGGAUGAGGAAGACAAGGAAGACGAAUGCACCAGCUCAGACUUAAGUGUAUCAGAAAAGCUACACAUCCUGACUGCCUAUUUGAGACAAGAACACUUUUAUUGCAUUUGGUGUGGAACAACCUAUGAAGACUCCAAAGAUUUAUCUUCAAACUGCCCUGGAGACAGUGCUGCAGAUCAUGACUAAAGCCUUUCUAAAGGGUGGAGUCCUAGAUAAGUAUGUAUCCUUCAUAAUAUCUUUUAGAAGGUUUGGAGCUGCGCCAUACUGAAGAAUUCACACCAAAGCAUGCAGAAGAAUAGUUUUGUUGACAGGUUAAACUCACAUUUGUGAAGCAUCUUGUGGGUUUUCUGCUUGAUGCACAAUUUAAUAGGAAUCAAAAUUUUGCAUUUAUAAUUGAACUAGCAUAAUUGAGAGACAGGUUAAGCCUUCCAGAGUCUUUGGUUGUGCCCUGCCCAACUGAACAAGAUCAGCUGAUAAUAGAAUUCAGGUUUGAGUAAGGGAAUAAAUAUUGGCUAGUUACUCUGUAUAAUGUGUUAAACAGGGGUUUUUUAUCUUUACAGAGAUGACUAAACAUCAGUCUUUGAUCCUUACUAUCUUAGACCCGGUGGGGGGGAAAAAAAGCUUGUGAAACAUUACAGUGACGUUAUUUGAACCAAUAUUCUCUUGAAUGUAGAGGUGCAUAUUUUACAUAACUAAAUAGUACCAGAUCAUUA